UCGGUAAAAAUAUUGAUUGUGACGUCAUUAAUUUACGACUAUUGAUACGGUGGUGGUGGUGAUAAGAAUUGAAAUGGACAAAAUGAGGAAUCCGAUGCCUGCUGACCAGCUGGAUAUGGAGAUGAUGGCCGAGGCGGAGUUGGCCAGACUGCAAAGGCAGUACCGCAUCAUGGAAGGCGACCGCAAAGCCUUCCUGGACGAAGUGAGCAACAAACUGAAAAAACAACGAAAAAUCAUAACUCGUUUACGCAAGGAAAGAGACGAUUUAAUGGCCGAUAUCAAAGUUGCGACUUGCGACGGCCAAAAACGCAAAGACUCAAAAAUAUCAGCAAAGCUCGAACUUCUCCUUCAAAAGCACGAAGAAAUCGUUGCUCAAGUCCAGAAAGAAAAAUUUCGACUUGAAGAGCUUGAGCAACAAAUACGAAAAACGGAAAAACAAGUCAGAAAAUUGCGACUUAAAGACGUCACUGAAGGUGAAUACCAAGAACGCAUCAAAUCUGGUCAAAAAUCGGUCAAAAUGCUGGAAAAUAAGCUUGAGACCACGCAUAAACGAUUUUGCAGCGUGCUGACGGAAAAUAAGCAGAUGAGAGAUGAAAUUGAUCAUUUGUUGAAAGAAAGAACUCGGUUUAAUGCCAUUUGGGAAAAACUCGUUUUUGAUCUAAAUAUGGGUAAGAAAUACAUGUUGGAUUUGAUAGAACAGGCGACUUUGGCGUAUGACCAAAGGGAGGAAUGGUGUUCAAAAUUGCAAGCUUUGAAGAUUCGAGCUCACAACGAUGUCAUAACACACACUCAGGAAAUGAGGGAAAUGCAACGACAGUUGGACCACGAUGGAAAUCUAAGAGAAUUCCUGACAAUCAAAGGCCAAAAACGCGUCAUGAAAGACUUGGAAGAAAAGGAAAUGAAGAAAAAAGAACAGGAACGGGAGAAUUUGCAAAAACAAAUCAAAAUCUACCAAGAGACACUUGACAAAAUCAAAACCUUUUGUGAGGAGGAAGACGUUGAGAGGAUCGCAGCCAAGUAUUUGAAACAAGAAGAGGAGAACUUUGCUCUAUUUAAUUACGUCAACGAACUCAAUCACGAAUUAGAGACUUUGAGUGACUCUAUUGAGGAGCUUGAAGGGAAAAUCAACGAACAGAAGCAGAUUUGCGAACAGAAAGCCCAAAAAGAGAAGGAUUCUUUGGAAAGUUUGAAGCGAGCUUUGGAGGAAGCCACCCAACAAGCAAACCAAGAUGAGGCCAACUUGGCACAAACUGAAGAAGACUUGAGGUUGAUACUGAAGGGAAUUAAAGACGUGUUUGAGCUGGUGGAGUGCGAUUGUGCGCCGAUUCUUGACCUUUUGGGCGAAAAUCCCGACGUUAAUGAAGACAACGCGUUAAUUUAUUUGGGGCUAAUUGAAAAAAAAGUAUCGAGUUUGAUCACCACAGCCUACUUUAAGGAAAAAUCGGUACCACUCAUUUUUAUCGACUCAUUCUUUUAGGGCCUACAUUAGAAAUUUUUUAUACGAUCAAAAUCAACCCUUAUGGGUUCAAUUAAAUUAUUAUCAAAGU